AUGGCCACCGAAAGCUUUGGAUUCCAAGCUGAAAUCAGCCAGCUUUUGGAUCUGAUUAUCAACACCUUUUAUUCGAACAAGGAGAUUUUCCUGCGGGAGAUCAUCUCCAAUGCCUCUGAUGCGCUCGACAAAAUCCGUUAUGCAUCCCUCACUGAGCCUUCUGUCCUCGACACCGAGAAAGAGCUCGUCAUCCGCAUCGUGCCCCACAAGGAACAAAAAGUCCUGUCCAUUAUCGAUACCGGUAUCGGUAUGACCAAGGCCGACAUGGUCAACAACCUCGGUACGAUCGCCAAGUCGGGCACAAAGGGAUUCAUGGAAGCCCUGAGCUCUGGCGCCGAUAUUUCCAUGAUUGGCCAAUUUGGUGUGGGUUUCUACUCUGCGUACCUCGUCGCGGAGCGGGUGCAGGUUAUCUCGAAACACAAUGAUGAUGAGCAGUAUAUCUGGGAGUCUGCUGCGGGUGGUACGUUUACCAUCACGCAGGAUGCGGUCAACCCUCGUCUCGGACGGGGUACGGAGAUUCGUCUGUUCCUCAAGGAGGACCAGCUCGAGUACCUUGAGGAAAAGAAGAUUAAGGAUAUCGUGAAGAAGCACUCUGAGUUCAUCUCGUACCCUAUCCAAUUGGCUGUUACCAAGGAGGUUGAGAAGGAAGUCGAAGACGAUGAAGAGGAGGUUACUGACGAGAGCGCGGAGAAGCCCAAGAUUGAAGAAGUCGAGGAUGACGAAGACAAGCCCAAGGAGAAGAAGACGAAAAAGAUCAAGGAGACGGAGACGACAAACGAGGAACUGAACAAGACGAAGCCCAUCUGGACUCGCAACCCCCAAGAUAUCACGCAGGAGGAGUAUGCGGCGUUUUACAAGAGCUUGACGAACGACUGGGAAGAUCAUCUUGCGGUCAAGCACUUUUCCGUCGAGGGUCAGCUAGAAUUCAAGGCUAUUCUAUUCAUUCCCAAGCGUGCACCGUUUGACCUGUUCGAGUCGAAGAAGAAGCGCAACAACAUCAAGCUGUACGUGCGGCGGGUAUUCAUCAUGGACGACUGCGAGGACCUGAUCCCCGAGUAUCUGAACUUUGUGAAAGGUAUCGUGGACUCUGAGGACCUGCCUCUGAACAUUUCUCGCGAGACGCUGCAGCAGAACAAGAUUCUUAAAGUGAUUCGUAAGAACAUUGUGAAAAAGUGCUUGGACUUGCUGUCGGAGAUUGCCGAGGACAAGGACAACUUUGCCAAAUUUUACGAGGCGUUUGGCAAGAACCUGAAGCUGGGUAUUCACGAGGAUGCGCAGAACCGGAGCAAGCUUGCCGAGUUUUUGCGGUUCUAUUCGACCAAGUCUACGGAGGAACAGGUUUCGCUUAAAGAUUACAUCACGCGAAUGCCGGAGGUGCAAAAGACGAUCUACUAUCUGACUGGUGAAUCUCUCGCUGCGGUGAAAGAGUCGCCGUUCCUGGAGGUGCUCAAGAAGAAGGGCUUUGAGGUUCUGCUGCUCGUUGACCCGAUCGACGAGUAUGCGAUCACGCAGUUGAAAGAGUUUGACGGGAAAAAGUUGGUGUGUGUGUCGAAGGAGGGACUGGAGCUUGAGGAGACUGAGGAGGAGAAGAAGCAACGGGAGGAGGAAGCGGCUUCGUUUGAAGAGCUGUGCAAGGUAGUGAAGGAGGCGCUCGGAGACAAGGUCGAAAAGGUGAUCAUGUCGAACCGGAUCACGGAUUCACCAUGCGUGCUUGUCACUGGACAGUUUGGAUGGUCAUCAAACAUGGAGCGGAUCAUGAAGGCUCAGGCACUGCGGGACUCGUCAAUGUCGUCGUACAUGGCGUCGAAAAAGACGCUGGAGCUGAACCCGACGAAUGCGAUUAUCAAGGAGCUGAAGCGCAAGGUUGCAGAGGACAAGUCGGACAAGUCCGUGCGAGAUCUGACGUAUCUGUUGUUCGAGACUGCGCUGUUGACGUCUGGGUUCACGCUGGAUGAGCCGACAUCGUUUGCGAAACGGAUCCACCGAAUGAUCAGCCUGGGCCUUGAUGUUGACGAGGAGGAAGAGGACACGGCGAUGGAAUCUGAUGCCCCUCCGGCGGUGGAGGCGACGUCGACGUCUGCCAUGGAAGAGAUUGAUUAA